UAUCAGCGCUCUGAACGCAACAGGAUGCACUGAAUUAUUCUGAGAAGGACUACAUAUACACACGCUCUUCCACUGCGUGAUCCGAUUGAUUAUUGUCACUGUGUCAUUGUUAAAGACAUUUUCUCUACAAGGAAACAGCUGCAAAAGAAAUGAAAGCGUGGCGACUUCGGUUUCUGUACUUUCUGGUGUUGAAUGCAGCUGUGCAGUAUGUGACGUCUCUGGAAGAAGAGCUCUCCGAUUCUAUUUUUGGUAACUUCCUCGACCCUCUGAAAGACUUGUUUGACCACAAGGAUGACAGCAAUCAAAGUGUCGCCAAAUUCUCCCUCAGAAAACCAUCCCAUCCCGAUGAGGACCUGUGCUACAUCGUUCCAGGCAAACCUGACUCCCUGGCAACCUGCACCUUUAACAGCACCUCCAAAACCUUCCUGGUAAUCCACGGAUGGACGUUGAGUGGGAUGUUUCAAAGCUGGGUGGCGAAGCUGGUAUCAGCGCUGUACGACAGAGAGCAGACGGCCAACGUCAUUGUGGUGGACUGGCUUACCUCGGCACAGAACCACUAUGUAGUUGCAGCUCAGAACACCAAAACAGUGGGACACGAGAUCGCUCGCUUCAUCGAUUGGAUUGAGGAAACCACCAACAUGCCUCUAGAGAACAUCCACCUGAUUGGCUACAGCCUCGGGGCUCAUGUGGCAGGAUUUGCUGGAAGCCACGCAACUAAUAAAGUUGGAAGAAUAACUGGUCUGGACCCAGCUGGUCCUGACUUUGAGGGAGAGCAUGCACACAGGCGUCUGUCCCCGGAUGACGCUCACUUUGUGGACGUCCUCCACACCUUCACACGGGGCUCCCUGGGUCUCAGCAUCGGGAUCCAGCAGCCUGUUGGCCACGUAGACAUUUACCCAAACGGCGGCAGCUUCCAGCCUGGCUGCAACCUCAGGGGGGCCCUGGAGAAGAUCGCUAACUUUGGGUUAUUUGCUAUUACUGAUGCAGUGAAGUGUGAACACGAGCGCUCUGUCCACCUGUUCAUCGACUCUCUGCUGAACGAGCAGGAAGCAGCCAAGGCCUACAGAUGCGGCAGCAACGACAUGUUUGACCGUGGCAUGUGUCUCAGUUGCCGCAAAAGCCGCUGUAACGCAGUGGGCUACGACAUCAGCAAGGUCCGCAAGGCGCGCAACGUUCAGAUGUACACCAAAACACGAGCCUCCAUGCCUUUCAGAGUUUACCACUAUCAACUGAAGAUCCACUUCUCCAGUAAGGUGAAUCGUUCAGAGAUGGAGCCGUCACUCACUGUCUCACUGUACGGUACAAAAGGAGAGGCUGAAAACCUGGAGCUUAAACUAAAGGAGAAAAUAGCGACGAAUAAGACCCAUUCAUUCCUGCUCGUGACAGAGAAAGAUAUUGGAGAUUUGUUGAUGUUGAAGUUUAAAUGGGAGGAGACAAACGGUUGGUCAGCCUCCAACAUGUUGAAGAUGGUUUCCUCUUGGUGGUCUGGUGACUCAGACAGCGGCAACAUGGAGGUUCAUAAGAUCCGCGUCCGAGCAGGCGAGACCCAACAAAAGAUGGUGUUCUGUGUAAAAGACCCUGAAGCUCAGAAAUUGACACAAGAGGUCACAUUUGUUAAAUGUAAGGAUGCGUGGAGGACGAACCUGACACGAACUCCAAAAAGAGUAACCCUGAAAAACCACUGACCUCGAAGAAAAGACACCACUGUUGAACACCCUUUAGUCCAUUUCAGCACUUAAAGUAAAUAAUUUGUACACCUGUAACUUAUUUUAUUUCUUGAAAUGAUGCAAAACUCUCACGUCCUUGUAUAUAUCCAAAAAGUAUGUUUGUUAUUUAAAACAAUAUGUGUUUGAAUACUGUAAAAUAAUUUUGUUAAGAGCUGUCCUAGUGACACUUAAA